AUGAGGAUUCGCCGCUUUGAAAUACGGAAGGGUGGAGAUGGAAGGGAAGUAUUGAUACUGGCAGAGUGGAGUUGGCAGAGGGGGGGGGUUACGGGGGUUGGGUUGCGGUCCCCGUCAGCGUCAGGGUAG